GACUAGGCGCAUGCGCAGGGAGGGACCGGCUGGAUUGAAAGCUAUGGCGUGGGUACCUUCUUCCGAGUCGGCGGUGGAAGAGUUGAUGCCCCGGCUGUUGCCGGUGGAGCCUUGCGACUUGACGGAGGGUUUCGAUCCCUCGGUACCCCCAAGGACGCCGCAGGAGUACCUGAGGCGGGUCCAGAUCGAAGCAGCUCAAUGUCCAGAUGUUGUGGUAGCUCAGAUUGACCCAAAGAAGUUGAAAAGGAAGCAGAGUGUGAAUGUUUCUCUUUCAGGAUGCCAGCCUGCCCCUGAGGGUUAUUCCCCAACACUUCAGUGGCAACAGCAACAAGUAUCACAGUUUUCAACUGUUCGACGGAGUGUAAACAAACAUAGAAGUCACUGGAAGUCACAACAGUUGGAUAGUAAUGUGACCAUGCCAAAGUCUGAAGAUGAAGAAGGCUGGAAAAAAUUUUGUCUGGGUGAAAGGUUAUGUGCUGAAGGGGCUGUUGGACCACCUACAAAUGAAAGCCCUGGAAUUGAUUAUGUGCAAGCAACAGUAACUAGUGUCUUGGAAUAUCUGAGUAAUUGGUUUGGAGAAAGAGACUUUACUCCAGAAUUGGGAAGAUGGCUUUAUGCUUUAUUGGCUUGUCUUGAAAAACCUUUAUUACCUGAGGCUCACUCAUUGAUUCGGCAGCUUGCAAGAAGGUGCUCUGAAGUGAGGCUCUUAGUGGACAACAAAGAUGAUGAGAGAGUUCCUGCUUUGAAUUUAUUAAUCUGCUUGGUUAGCAGGUAUUUUGACCAACAUGACUUAGCUGAUGAACCAUCUUGAUGUAGGUGAUCUCAGGGACUGAAGACAUUUCUGAUGCAGGCAGCCUAAAACUGAGGCGGUACAAUGCCAGUUCAAGCACAGAUCGUUUCACAUCUUCAACACUGUGUGAAGGGUUUGCAUCUUAACCUGUACAACUAAAGUUGACACUCAGAAUAUAGAUUGUAUUAAUUUGAAUGCCUGAAAUAUCUGGAAAAUCCCACUUGGUUUUUGAUUAACAGUUUGAAUAAUUUUCUGCAAUCACGUGUGUUUAUAACAAAUUGAAUGCCAUUCAUUAGUAAAACAGCCUGCAUAAAAAAAUGUAUGCUGAGAUUUUUACAGAGGUCAUUGGUGCUGUUUCAUUGUUUGUUUACAUAAUUCAUGAAAUAUCUUGCUGAAAAUAUAUUUUGGUUACUAAAAUUGUUUGAUUCUUGAGCAAAAUAAAAGGCAAUGAAUGUACUUGGUAUAAUCUAAAUUAAAUGGCAGAUUUGUUCAUAGUCAACAACAAUAUAUUGUUUUCCAUUUAAGCUCAGUACUUUUAUUUUUAAAUUAUUUAUUGUACAAACAAAAUCUUUUCCAACAAAGCAUUUUCAAAAAUUUCUUGUUAAGUCAACUGUUUUGAUUUUAUUGACCAAUCUGUUUAUAUCAGUCAUAACAUCUAUUUCUGUAUCUGGGAUAUUUCCUACAUUAAGUAACACGUAGGGAUUGAUCUCUCUCACAAAGCAAGUCUAGAGGUGAUGAAAACUGGCAUUGAUUCAGUGACUCAACAAUAUCAAGGUCUCUGAGAUUCCUUCAGCCUUUCCCACAUUAUUACAUGCUGUCCACUGUAAUUCAAAACAGUGUUUCUGUAUUCAAGAGAGGAAACAGGGAAGAAGAUGAGCCUUCUACAUCUCAUCUUUUUCUCAUAAAAGCAGAAGAUUCCCAGAAAUCCACAUCAGGUUUAUUUAAAUCUGUUGGCCACAACUAUAAAACACAGUAAUGGGGCCGGUGCUGUCGUGUAGCAGGUAAAGUCACUGCCUACAGUGCCAGCAUCCCUUAUGGGUACCGGUUCAAGUCCCGGCUGCUCCACUUCCAAUACAGCUCUGCUAUGGCCUGGGAAAGAAGUGGAAGAUGGCCAAAUCCUUGGGCCCCUGCACCUGCAUGGGAGACCCAGAAGAAGCUCCUUGCUCCUGGCUUCAAAUCAGCGCAACUCCGGCCAUUGUGGCCAAUUGGGGAGUGAACCAGCAGAUGGAAGACCUCUCUCUCUCUCUGCCUGUGUAACUCUUUCAAAUAAAUAAUUUCUUUUAAAAAAUUAUUUUUGUUCCUCAUAUAAUUCUGGUGUGAGUAGUUUGGGAUGCUAUGAUAGCUCUAUAAUAUGUUAAAGGGCUUGGGCUGCAUCCACAAUUCUAGUAUGUGAUUUUCAUGUUUUUGACAAUUUGGCUAUUUCCUGAGUCACAUCUGCAUUUAUUUCAUGAGGGGGAAAAAAGGUGCCACAGCUCCUUGUUGCUCAUAACAGGGAAGCAAAACUUUGUAAGAAAUCCUCAACUUACAUAUUUGACAGUUAUGACACAUGACCAGCCCUAAUAGUAAAAAAAGUGUGCUUAAACUGAGCAUGGUGCCACUUAUAACAAAAAUGGGCCUCUAUUAAACAGGGGAAAGUGGCUAUUGGGCACACAGCCAGGAGUAUCUUCCAUAAAGGGCUUAGAUAACAAUCUGUACUAAAAUCAACCAGCUUUUUUUUUUAAUAAAAGAUUUAUUUAUUUGAAAGAGUUACAGAGGAGAUUUAGCAGCAGAGAGAAAGAAAAAGAUCUUCGUGUGCUGGUUCACUCCCCAAAUGGCCGCAACGGGUGGAGGUGAGCCAAUAUGAAGCCAGGAGCUUCUUCCUGGUCUCCCAAGGGGUGCAGGGGUGCAGGGGCCCAAGCACUUGGGCCAUCUUCCACUGCUUUCCUAGGCACAUUAGCAGGGAUCGGGAUCAGAAUGGGGAGUAGCUGUGCCUCAACUGGUGCCCAUAUGGGAUGCUGGUGCUGCAGCCAGCAGCUUUACCUGCUAUGCCACAGUACACGCCCCAAGUUUGUAUAUAUAGCCUCACAUUUUUUUGCUGAUCUGUUGGAGGAGGAUAUCUUUGGUAUUGAUAUAAUAAUAAUAAAAUGUCAGUUACUAAUUUUUUCUAAUAUUUUUUAUUCAUUUUAAAGUCAGAGCUCGAGAGAGAUCUUCCAUCCACUGGUUCACUCCCCAAAUGGCCACAAUGGCUGAGGCUGUGCCAGACCAAGCCAGGAGCCAAGAUUUUCUUCUGGGUCUCAUAUGGGUGCAGGGGCUCAAGCACUUGGGCCAUCUUCUAUUACUUUCCCAGGCCCAUUAGCAGGGAGCUGGAUCGGAAGUGGAGCAGCAGAGACUCAAGUCCACUGCCUAGCGUGCAUAUGGGAUGGCGGCAUUGCAGGCGGCGGCAUAACCUACUACCACCAAAAUGCUGACCCCUACUGUUAUUUAUAUUUCUCUAUAACAGUAACUGAGAAUAUAUCUAACACAUGCUACUUGCAAAGAAUAAAAUUCUUGAAGACAGAUAACAUUAAGAAGGCAAUUUUACAAGUGCAAUAGACAAAGUUGUAAAAAUUAUUUUAAUGGAGUUCUGCCUGUUUACUAGCAAGCUGGAGGAUCUCUAAUUGUUAACUAUGAAACAAUUUUUAUAGCGAAUCAAUUUGGCAUAGGGAUAUUUUUCAGGAAUACAGAAACAAACAAACCAUUUUACACCACAGACGCAAACAUUUUCAAAGGACCAAUAGUAGGUGCCCCUGUUGAUAUCACCCCCACCCAGCUCUGAGUCCAGGUCACCCCGUGGAAUCCCAGGAUUUCAAAAACCAGUUUUAAAAUCCCAUUGGUUUUAACAUAUUUUCUCAACCUCAAGUAGAAAAAUAUCUACUGUAGGAUUGUUUUAGAAAUAAUAUGAAAGCUAAACAUCAGAAAUCUCAGAGUCUGUAUAGUUAUAACUUUCCAGUCUUUUUUUAUAAUUUAAGCAUGUAUUCAUAACAGAUACUUAAAUAGUGUACAUGCAGGAUCUAGUAAGACUUUUUUCUCUUAAUACACCAAUUAACAUGUUUCCAUAUAAAUGUUUUCACCCUUUUUUUAAAGAUUUAUUUGAGGGGCCGGCACUAUGGUGGUGUAGAGGGUAAAGCUGCUGCCUGCAGUGUUGGCAUCCCAUUUGAGUGCCGGUUUGAGUCCUGGCUGCUCCACUUCUGAUCCAGCUCUCUGCUGUGGCCUGGAAAAACAGUACAAGAUGACCCAAGUCCUUGGGCCCCUGCACCCACGUGGGAGACCCGAAAGAAGCUCUUGGCUUUUGGCUUUGGAUCAGCUCAGCUCUGGCCAUUGUGACCAACUGGGGAGUGAAUCAGCAGAUGGAAAAAGACCUCUCUCUCUGUGCCUCUCCUUCUUUCUCUGUGUAACUCCUUCAAGUAAAUAUAUCUAAAAAAAUAAAAAUUUGAGAGACUUAAGAGAAAGGGGAAAGACAGAGGCCUUCCAUCCUCUGGUUCACUAACCAAAUGGCCACAAUGGCUGGAGCUGAGCCAAUCUGAAGCCAGGAGCCAGAAGCUUCUUCAGGGUCUCCCACAUGGGUGUAGGGACCCAAGCACUUGGACCAUCUUCCACUGCUUUCCUAGGCGAAUUAGCAGGGAGCUGGAUUGGAAGUAGAGCAGACGGGACUUGAACUAGCACCUAUACAGGAUGCCCGUGAGGUAGAUGGAGGCUUAACCUACUAUGCCACAGCGCCAGCCCCUGCUUUCACCCUUAACAGCUGUAGAAUUCCCAUAUAUGCCAAUGCCAUAAUUUAAUCAUAUGUAUUCAAUAACCAAAUAGUGAAAAUCCUUAUAUACAGUUUUUCAUCACUCAUUUAUUUUCUUAAACUUUAUAUAGAAAUGGAAUUGCUGAAUUAAACAAUGUUUUAAAUUUUAAGUGUAGCUUCAAAAUGCAAGUAUUAUCUUUAUGGUCUGAGCUAUAAAAAUUUUUUAUUAAAUGAUUUUUAUUAAAAAUUUUUAAUAAUUUUUUUUAAAUUUUUUUGAAAGAGAGUUACAGAGAGAGGCAGAGAGAGGUCUUCCAUCUGCUGGUUCACUCCCCAGAUGGCUGCAAUAGCCAGAGAUGCACCAAUCCAAAGCCAGGAGCUUCUUCCAGGUCUCCCAUGUGGGUACAGGGGCCCAAGGACUUGGGCCAUUUUCCACUGCUUUCCCAGGCCAUAGCAGAGAGCUGGUUUGGAAGUGGAGCAGCCAGGACUCGAACUGGCACCCAUAUGGGAUGCCGGCGCUUCAGGCCAGGGCGUUAACCCGCUGCACCACAGCGCUGACCCCCCCAAAAAUUUUUUCUUGAAGAUUUAUUUAUUUAUUUGAAAGGCAGAAUUACACAGAGAGGAUAGGCAGAGAAAGAGGUCUUCCAUCUGCUGGUUCUCUCCCCACUUAGCCACAACAGCCAGAGCUGCGUCAAUCCAAAGCCAGGAUCCAGGAGCUUCUUCCGAGUCUCCCAUGCAGGUGCAGGGGCCCAAGGACUUGGACCUUCUUCUACUGCUCUCCCAGGCUAUAGCAGAGAGCUGGAUCGGAAGUGGAGCACCUGGGACUUGAAACAACUCCCAUAUGGGACACCAGCACUGCAAGUGGUGGCUGUACCGUCUACCUCACAGCACCAGCCCCCAAGUUUUUCACUAUUUAAACAAUUUCAUGGUGCUCUCUGACCUCUAAAAUUUUAUUAUAAUAAACAUGAAAUACAAAUUUGCUACUGUACAGCCAGUAUUGUUAAAUAUAUAGACAUCGUUGUACAACACAUCUCUAGAAGUUUUCUAACUUGCAUUACUUAAACUAUUAUACAAUUCCCAUUUUCCUCCUUCCACUGCCCUGGCAAGCACCAUUCUACUUUCUGUUUCUAAGUUUGUCUAGGUAACUUCAUAUAAAGUGAAAUCAUGCAGUAUUUGUCCUGUGACUGGCUUAUUUCUUUUAGCAUAAUGUACUUAAAAGUUCAUACAUGAAGAAGCAUAACAGGAUUUCCUUCAAGGCUGAGAAAUAUUCCACUUUAUCUAUGAGAGAUGCUUUAAAGUUUGUGGAAGGGCCAGCACUGUGGCAUAGCAGGUAAAUUGCAGCCUGCAGUGCCAGCAUCCCACAUGGGCACAGGUUCUAGUCCUAGCUGCUCCAAUUCUUAUCCUGCUCCCUGCUACGCAGAAGAUGGCCCAAGUCCUUGGGCUCCUGCACCUGAGUGGGAGACCUGGAAGAAACUCCAAGCUUCUGGCUUCAGAUCUGCCAUUGCAGCCAUUUGGGGAGUGAACCAGCGGAUGGAAGACUUCUCUCUCUCUCUCUCUCUCUCUCUGCUUCUAACUCUGCCUUUCAAAUACAUAAUCUUUUUAAAAAAAAGUUUGUGGAAACUUUGAUUAAAACAUGUUUAUUUUGGGGCCAGCAAUGUGACACAGCAGGUAAAGUCAGUGCCUGUCUGCUCCACUACAAAACCAGCUUCCUGCUAGUACGCCUGGGAAACCAGUUCAAGACGGCCCAGGUACUUGGGUCCCUGCCCCGAUGUGGGAGAGACCCAGAGGAGGCUCCUGGCUCCUGGCUUUGGAUCAGUCCAGCCCCAGCUGUAGUGACCAUUUGGGGGUGAACCAGCAAAUGGAAGAACUCGCUCAUCUGCUCUCUCACUCUUUCAAAUAAAUAAAGCUUUAAGAAAAAAAAAGUUUCUUUUCGUGCAAGAAAUCCUGAAACCCAUACAUAAAGGUCUUAGAAAAUUUCUUGGAAGAUGUGUAUUAUGUGAAAAUUAUACAUGGAUUUUGAAAAUUUUUUGCACCAAGGUAGGCAUGUGGCAAUGUUUGCAUCUCAUAUUGAAGUGGAUUUCGAGUCCUGGUUGGUGGAAGAUGGCCCAAGUGUGCCCGUUAUCCUCACAGGAGGCCAGGAUGGAGUUACAGGUUUCUGGCUUUGGGGUGGCUUAACCCCUGCAGUAUUUCUUGACCCUGCUUUUCUUUUGCUUCUAUAAGAAACAUUUCAUUUUGGCUACAAAUAACAAAAACAAAAGCCAAAGUGGAUUGAAAUAAGGAAUUUAAUAUUUUACAUAAUAAAAUUCCAGAGGUAAAGCAGCUUCAGCAUUAGUUAUUCUAAAGCACAAUUCAGGUGCUUUCCGUCUGCAUCCUGCUAUUUUCAUGGUGGUGGCUUUUACGUUCAUGUGUGUCCUUUCAUAGUCACCAGGAGGCUGCAGAUUCAGUCCACACAUCCCAACCAUCAUCACUGAGAAGAAAGCGGGGAGGCUGGAGAAGGUGCUACAAGAGAUAUACUAGCUGAACACUGACCCCAACCCACUGAGAAGAUAUGGUCCAGUAAAUGUCAAUGGAUAAGGCCCCAUGAAUGAGUCUAUUAUCUAACCCUCUGUCCACUGUAGAAGAGUAGACAAGCGAAUAUUGAUGCUUGAACCUUUACCAGAACUUCCAAUGCACCACAGGAGGUUGAAAAACUAACAGGAACACACCCUUCCCAACACACCUAAUAUUCUUUGGCCCUAAUGUCACCAAAUUAACAUUUAAACUAUCAUGUACUUCACUUUUAUUAUAUUAAUGAAGGUCUCAAAGACUGAAAGUUAUUAAAAUGAAAUUAAGGUUUUAAGCAAUUUAGGCAGACAGACAUACAAUGUAUACACAUAUGAAAUCCUUAUACAAACAAAAUCAAAUAAAUUAUAAGCAAUAAAAAGCUUAACUUAGUGUAUUUUUUAAAAAUAACUGAUAUUCCCACUUUAUCAAAAUUUAUUAAUUCUUACACAAAUGAUCUGAUUGGUCAUAUUUUUCUUUGCUAACUCAACAAACCCUGAGUUUUGUGUUUCCAUCUAUGGUUAAAUACACAUCACUCUAAGCAAACAACAAUAUUUAAAAUAAAGAGUUACAACUUGGAGUCUAGUUAUUUGAAAUCAGGUUUUCAUUUUGAAUAGUUCCAGUAAAGUGUAAGUCAUAGUAGAUGUCCCUUUAUCUGCUUUAACUUGUUUUGUAUUAGAUUAAUAAAAUACACCCUCAGUUCUGUACAAAUGUCCAACAAUGUAGUUAAAUCAUACUACUUGAAUACUUCACACAUAAUUUAUCUCUUUACACUGUUGAAGCUUGUAUUCCGCAAUGUUCUACAGCUUCUGUAUCAUCACCUGAAAUUUGCCUUAAAAAAGAAAAUAUACAAAAUCAUUAUCUGAUUUUAUAUACAAGGAAAACAAAACAAGCCUACUCAUUUAUUUUAUAUUAUACUUAAGAAGUAGUUCCUAUUAAUAAACUUGCUGUGUCAAACAGUUUUUCAUAGUGCCUUUGUUUCUUUGUGAGGCCUACAUUUUUAGGUGUUUCCUUACCAAUGAGCACAAUGACUGGGAAGGAAAGAUAGUGAAGCUCAAGUAAAUUUUAUUUUUUAGUGAUAGUUCUGGUAAAAAGAUCUUUAGGAAGAUCUUUAGUGAUAAAAGAGUAGCUGGUUUUAUUUAGCUUUAACAAUAGACAUAACCUAAAUAACUGUUCAAAAAUACAUUUUCAAUACCACAGGAAAAAGUGCUAUCUUAAAAGAACACUGCGCAUUUUCCUUUAAAAGUUAAGAGUUUUCCCUUAUAUUGUAUUUCUUUAGCAGUUUUUCUUAGAGAAUUUUCUAUCACUAAUUAAAAUAUUGAAGGGCCAGCAUUGUGGCACAGCAGAAUGCAACACUAGCAUCCCACAUGAACACCGGUUCAAGUGCCAGCUGUUUGAUUUUUUUUUUUAAGAUUUAUUUAUUUAUUUGAAAGUCAGAGUUACACAAAGAGAGGAGAGGCAGAGAGAGAGAGAGAGAGAAGUCUUCCAUCCACUGAUUCACUCCCCAGUUGGCUGCAACAGCUGGAACUAGGCCUAUCUGAAGCCAGGAGCCAGGAGUUUCUUCUGGGUCUCCCACGUGGGUGCAGGGGCCCAAGAACUUGGGCCAUCCUCUACUUUCUUCCUAGGCCGUACCAGAGAGCUGGAUCGGAAAUGGAGCAGACAGGACUUGAACUGACACCCAUAUGGGAUUCUGGCACUGCAGGCUGUGGUUUUACCCGCUAUGUCACAGUGCCGGCCCCUGUUUCAUUUCUGAUACAGCUCCCUAUUAAUGCGCCUGGGAAAGCAGCAAAAGAUAGCCCAAGUGCUUGGGCCCAUUUGGAAGACCUGGAUGAAGCCCCUGGCUCCUAGCUUCCACCCGGCCCAGUUCCAACCCUUGUGGCCAUUUGGAGAGUGAACCAGCAGACAGAAGCACUCAUGCGCACGCAUGCUCUCGAGCGCUUGCUCUCACUCUCUCGCUCUCUCUCCCCUCCCCUGUUUAAGUCACUCUUUCAAAUAAUUAAAUAAAUCUUUAAAAUAAAUGUCAUUGAAUAUGAGUAUAGUAUGCUACAUGUUAAACUGCUAAAACUAAAAUGAAACAGUUUUAGCAUUUUUAAUUUCCUCUAAGUUUAAAAAAAAGACCCUCCUCCCCCUUAGAAAAAUAACACAUUUAUAAGAAAUAUGAAUUCAACUUACAGGCAGGCAUUGAAGACACUUCAGCUGUUACAAUACUUUUUAUCCCCAAGUUUGACAAGCCACCUCUGAUUAAACCACAUGUAAAUGCUAAAUACUAAAAGGAAAAAAAAACUGUUAAAAAUAGUAAUGAUUUACUAAAGUAGUAAAGCUACUGAUAACUAUGACAUUUACUUAAACCACACUAUCAAUAAGUCACUGCUGUUUUUAUAAAAGGUGGACUUCUACAUCUUAAGCAACUUAAGCUCAUGGACACAUGGCAAGCUUGGCCAACUAGUUGCUCUAAGCCAGUACUCUAAAUCAAAAAUGAGUGAAAAAAUAAGCCGAAAACAGGUCAGAGUUAGUUCUGAUGGCACCAAAAGUAGCUACAUCUAUUGUUUACCCUGCCCACAGAAGUCUAAUCACCCCCUGUGGAGUGAUCCAGCCUCUGGCUACUUAAACCUCCCAUGGUUCUUGCUUGUUUUCUGAGCCCUUCCAUGAACUCUAUAUGCUAACUAAUGAUAUUGCAUUCAAUGAGAAUUGGCUUCUAGUAUUUACAAUCAAGAAUGUCAACUUGUUCAAGACUUAGAGCCUGCUACAACAGACUUAUCAGGUUCAAAUUAUCAAUACUGUGGAUAGUGAGAAACUGUCAGCAACAAAAGGAAAGGGACUAAACUACAGCAGAAAACAGUCUGACAAGAAUGGAAACUGAAAAAUGAAUAAUAUAAGGAAUUUUUAUUUAUUUAAUUUUUUUUGACAGGCAGAGUUAGACAGUGAGAGACAGAGACAGAGAGAAAGGUCUUCCUUCCACUAGUUUACCCCCGAAAUGGCCGCUGCACCGCACUGAUCUAAAGCCAGGAGCCAGGUGCUUCCUCCUGGUCUCCCAUGCGGGUGCAGGGCCCAAGCACUUGGGCCAUCUUCCACUGCCCUCCUGGGCCACAGCAGAGAGCUAGACUGGAAGAGGAGCAACCGGGACAGAAUCAAGCGCCCCAACCGGGACUAGAACCUAGGGUACCGGCGCCGCAGGUGGAGGAUUAGCCUAGUGAGCCGCAGCACCGGCCUAUUUAUUUAAUUUUUAAGAUUUAUUUAUAUAUUUGAAACGCAGAGUGAUAAAGAGGCAAAGGCAGACAGAGAUACCUCCCAUCUGCUGGUUUACUCCCCAAAUGGCCAAACAGCCAGAGCUGGGCUGACACAAAGCCAGAAGCCAGGAGCUUCUUCAAGGUCUCCCACGCAGGUGCAGGGGCCCAAGGACUUGGACCAUCUUCUACUGCAUUCAUUCCCUGGCCAUAGCAGGGAGCUGGAUCGUAAGUGGAGCAGCCAGGACUUGAACUGGCACCCGUAUGGGAUGCCAGCACUGCAGAUGGUGGUUUAAUCUGCUGCACCACAGUGCUGCCCCCCCAAAAAAAAUUUUAAAGCUUUAUUUUAUCUAUUUCAAAGAAUUAGAAAGACGUAGAGACACAGAGAGAGAGGUCUUCCACCCACUGAUUCACUCCCCAAAUAGCCACAAUGGCCAGAGCUGAGCUGAUCCAAAGCCAGGAGCCAAGAGCUUCUUCUAGGUCUCCCACAUGGGUGCGGGGGCCCAAGGACUUGGGCCAUCUUCCUCUGUUUUCCCAGGCACAUUAGCAGGAAGCUAGAUCGGAAGUGGAGCAGCUGAGAUUUGAACCAGAGCAUUAGCAGGAAGCUAGAUCGGAAGUGGAGCAGCUGAGACUUGAACCAGAGACCAUAUGAUAUGUCAGUGCUAUAGGCCGUGGCUUUAACGCACUGUGCCCCAACGCCAGCCUCUCCAACAAUUCUAACCGAGUAACUGAACUCCAUAAAAAUAAAAAUCAUGGGGGCUGGAUCGGCAUUGUGGCAUAGAGGGUAAAGCUGCCGUGUGCUAUUCAGGCAUUUCACAUGGGCACUAGUUCAUGUCUUGGCUGCUCCACUUCUCAUCCAGCUCCCUGCUAAUGGCCUCAGAAAAGCAGCAGAAGAUAACCUAAGUGUUUGGGCCCUGCUAGCCAUGUGGGAGACCUGGAAAAUGCUCCCUGCUUCAGGCUGGCCCAACUCUGGCUGUUGUGGCCAUCUGGGGAGUGAACCAGCAGAUUGAAUAUCUUUCUUUCCAUCUCUCCCUUUCAAAUAAAUAAAAAAUAAAAUAAAAAAAUCUUGGGAUUUGGCACGGUAGCUCAGGGUGCUAAGCCACUGCUUGUUACACCAGUAUCCCAUGUUAGAGUGCCAGUUCAAGCCACAGCUGCUUCACUUCCCAUCCAGCUCCUUGCUUACAGCACCUGGAAAAGCAGGGGAAGAUAAACCAGGUACGUGGGCCUCUGCCAUCCAUAUAGGAGACCCAGAUGGAGUUCUUGGCUCCUAGUAUUGAUCUGGACCAGCCCCAGCUAUUGCAACCAUUUGGGGAGUGAACAAGGAAAUGAAAGAUCUCUAUAUCUGUCUCUCCCUCUGCCUUGUCAAAUAAAUAAAUAAAUAAAUAAAUAAAUAUUUUUAAAAUAAUAAAAAUGAAAAUUACAUAUGUGUGCAUACUUAUGGGGAGAGGUUUUCCACUUCUCAAAGAUAUCUAUAAUCUUGGGACUGGCGUGUGGCAUAGUAGAUUAAGUAUUCCACCUUUGGUGCCAACAUCCUAUAUGGGUACCAGUUCAAAUCCCAGCAGCUCCACUUCCAAUCCAGCUCUCUGCUACAGCCUGGAAAAGCAGUAGUAGAUGGCCCAAGUGUUUGAGGCCUGUACCCAUGUGGGAGACCUGGAAGAAGCUCCUGGCUCCUGGCUUUGGAUCGAACCAGCUCCAGCCAUUGCGGUCAUUUGGGGAAUAAACCAGUGGAUGGAAGACCUUUCUCUCUAUCUCUCCAUCUCUUUGUCUGUAAUUCUACCUCUCAAAUAAAUAAAUAAAAUCUUAAGUGUUAAAAAAAGAUAUCUAUAGCUCUUUCGUCUCGGCAGCCGACAUGCCAUCCAGACUGAGGAAGACCCGGAAACUGCGCGGCCACGUGAGCCACGGCCACGGCCGCAUCGGCAAGCACCGGAAGCACCCAG